ACUUCCUCCACAACUACCUCGUCAUGACAUCCUGCCUGGGACGAACUGUCCCUAAAUCUUGGCGGUCAAUCCAAAUCGGUCGCCAACUACCCCGUCUACCUCGACCGCUUCCCCAAAGACUUCCAUCUCGGAGCUUUUCUUCACGGCCGCAAAGCUUCCCCAAGCUCAGCUUCCACCCUCUGCCAUUCAAACAACAACGCUUAUUCUCCUCAACCGCCCCUUCGCAUACGAAUCCGUCGAUCCGUACGGAAGAUAUUCUUCCCAUUUGUUGCCCAGGAUGCGGAGCUUAUUCGCAAACUGUCGAGCCUGAAGAGGCUGGAUACUACGGCAAAACCAGAAAGCAGACACGGAAAUUUCUCUCGGAGGCAAGAAAAGAGACCAAAGAACCGCAGUCAACGUCGGAGCAAUCGAAGGAUACAACUAUAGAGGGAGGAGAGACAACGGAAUCGAAUGCGCCGCCGCUCAACGAGGAACUUGUCCCCAAACCAGACCAAGAUAUCCUUGUUGAACCCGUCGCCUCGCCCAAGAGUGAGAUUUCAGAAAAGCCAAACCUCCUCACGCAUAUCUGCGAUAGAUGUCAUGACCUGUUGCACCAUAACAAGGCGGUCCCAGCCGUCUCACCGACGAUCUACUCAGUUCGAGAAUUCUUGAAAGAGUCCCCGUAUAAACAUAAUCGCAUCUACCACGUCAUUGACGCCGCGGAUUUCCCGAUGUCUCUUGUCGACAAUAUUUACGAGGCGCUUUCCUUGCAGGAGCAGCGCUCCCGAAAUCGACGCGCAAGUACGGACAAGUACAGAGGAGGAAGAAAACUGCCAACUAUUUCCUUUAUCAUAACGCGAUCCGAUUUGUUGGCUCCGACGAAGGAGCAGGUGGACUCGAAAAUGGAUUACGUGCGCUCUGUUCUCCGCGACGCUUUGAAGCAACAGAGCGACGACUACCGCCUGGGCAAUGUACAUAUGAUUAGCGCGCACCGGGGCUGGUGGACCAAGAACGUCAAGGAAGAGAUCGCCGAGCAUGGCGGUGGCGUCUGGGUUGUUGGGAAAGCCAACGUUGGAAAAAGCAGCUUCAUAGAGGCAUGCUUUCCCAAGGAUGCGAAGACUUUGGAAAAGGUCGCGGAGCUGGUAGAACGUCGCCAGGCAGAGGAUUUUGCCCCCAAGGCAUCUGACUUUUCGACACUGGAUCCCGACAGUCUCCUGCCACCUGCUCCCCGGGAAGACCAAUACCCCAUCCUUCCAGUUGUGUCAUCGCUCCCUGGUACUACCGUUUCGCCCAUUCGCAUCCCCUUUGGCCGUGGUAGAGGAGAAAUGAUUGAUCUCCCUGGGCUGGAGCGCACUGAAAUAGCUAACCAUGUCGUCGACUCGCAUAAGCGGGACUUGAUAAUGACCAAGCGGAUUAAGCCUCAGCGCCACAGUAUCAAGGCCGGACAGUCUUUACUUCUAGGGGGAGGGCUUGUCAGAAUCACCGCCGUGAAUCCUGACCAUGUGGUGAUGGCCGCAUGUUUUCUUCCGAUCGAGGCCCAUGUCACCAGGACUGAAAAGGCUAUUGAGAUGCAGGCACAGCAACGUGCGUACCCCGGAGAAAAAAUCGUGGAGGAGAGCAGCGGAAACACUAUCGCGUCUGCCGGUGUGUUCGACCUGAAGUGGGACGUGACUCAAUCACAUCUGCCGAUCUCCAUUGCCAAAGCAGUGGAGGACAAGGGAAUCCAGGCUCCUCGCAUGCCAUACCGAGUGAUGUCAACCGACAUCCUGAUCGAGGGCUGUGGGUGGGUCGAGCUCACGAUUCAGGUACGAGCCAAUGCCGGUGGCAACGAGUCUCCAGGGUCCUCGCCCCAAGUCGAGAUCUUCAGUCCCAACGGCCAACACAUCGGUUCGAGGAGGCCAAUCGAAUGCUGGCGUUUCACCGCUGAGAAGCAGUCGUCCGACAGGCGCAAAAGAGUAUCGCGAGGACGACAGAGCAUCGGCAAGACGAAACGCACUCAGUUUUCUUCGUGACUCUAGAUCGUCUGAUAUACAGAACUUGCGGAUCUUGAAGGGCUUAUAUCAACAUUUGUAUAACAUCUUACCUAUAGCAUAGCGACUGGUGUUUGCUGGACAAAAAAGGGAGUACAUAUCUAAACUAAAAUCUGUAUAUUACUAUUAUAUCUAGACACUGCUACAAAAGAAUCUCC